AUGAUACUGCUAGUCGCCUGUCUCAGCCUCCUAAUUGGUCCCGGUGAGCUGGGCACGUUGAACAAUGGCCUUUCCGUCGGCGUGACGACUGUCCUUGGACUCAGUGCUCUGCCCUUUGGAUUCGCGACUGGACCCAGGUAUGUUCCAAAAUGGAAGAAACAAGCGUGCGAGAUACCAGCCUCCCAGCAUCCGAACUCGCACUACGUCUGCGACGAAGCCGGUGAAGUGAAAUGCUUGCCGGGAUGGACCGGCGAUUUGUGCGACGUGCCAAUCUGUCGGAAGGGCUGCGACCCUCUUCAGGGUUACUGCCGUCGACCCGGCGAAUGUCGCUGCAAAUUGGGCUUCUAUGGCGAGCUCUGCGACAAGUGUGUGGCUCUGCCGGGAUGUCAGCAUGGCAGCUGUAACGUGAGCUUCGAGUGUUCCUGCGACCCGGGCUGGAAAGGCAUGUUCUGCUCGGAGCCGAUUUGCGGGACCGAUUGUCUGGCCAGCCAGGGAUACUGCGAGAAGCCCGGCGAGUGCAGGUGUCGACUGGGUUGGCAAGGAUCAAAGUGCAAACAGUGCGCCGUUCUCCCAGGGUGUCUGCAUGGGACUUGUAAAGGACCACUCGAAUGUCGCUGCGAUCCUGGGUGGACUGGUUUACUUUGCCAGACACCGCUUUGCUCGAAAGGGUGCAGCCGAGAACACGGAACCUGCCGACGUCCAGGCACGUGUUGGUGUCGCGUAGGUUGGACGGGUCCGAACUGUACCGAAUGUGUCCCUUAUCCAGGAUGCGUUCACGGGUCCUGCAAACGGCCAUGGGAGUGUCGCUGCGAGCCUGGAUGGGCGGGUGAUCUGUGCAACGAAAAACUGACCUACUGCGAGGAGCACCCGGAUACCUGUCGCAACAACGCGACUUGCAUCAGCAUGACGAAGGAAGAUGGCGAUUACAGGUGUGUCUGCCCUCUGGGCUACAUGGGACGUCAGUGUCAAAUUAAAACUAUGGUCCCGUCCACGGACCUAAUGCCACCGAUGCUAGAUUCAACCGAAUUGGACACGAAACCGCAAAUGAUACUAAUAAAACCGCAAGUGGUUGAAGAUUCUCAGAAUCUAGAGGAUAAGGACAAGGAUACCACGAAAGAAGAAGAGCAAACGGUAGAGCCACUUGGACCGAUCGUUAUCACCGAUCCACCGUCCACUAUCGAUCCCGCAGCAACCGUAGGAAAAUGGCCGACCGAGCCGCCUACAGAGAUACCGAUGGUAGAAAUGGACGAUGAAAAUGAAACAUGA